UCUUUCGUAAAUUUCCAUUAGGAUAACCAUAAUUUUCCUUUAACGCGAAGUGCAUUCUGUUAAGUGUUGAUUAAUUAUUCUAAAGUGCUAAAAAAGUGGUACUCAUUUGCAGAAAACAUUGACCAAAACUCGAUUGAAUAAAGGACGCGUUUGAACGGACGAACGAAAAGGCUUCAAACCUGGAAAACAAACAUGUCGGUCGCUUAUUCUCAGCAGCAACAAUCGCAGCAGUCGCCUAGUUCCGGCAAUCGGAGUGGUCCUGGAGGUCCAAUGAACCGCGGUGGUGGUCCUCCACCGAGUCCGAUGCAUAUCCAGAAAAUAUUGGACGAAAAUGCCGGUCUCAUUCAAACCAUACAAGACUUCCAAAAUAUGGGCAAAGCUCACGAAUGUAUGUCGUAUCACGUGGCGCUUCACCGCAAUCUGGUGUAUCUGGCUAAUCUAGCUGAUCCGCAGCAUAACAUACAAGCGCUGCUUCCGCCUCCACAUGUUCUUCAGCACGGUAGUGGACCCCCGAUGCAUGGUGUUCCUCCAAGCAGUGUUGCACCUGGUCAUGAAAGUGAUCCUUCGCACGGUGGGCAAGCACAAACACCUGGACCAAAUCAAGCGGCUGUCCCGGUUGGAACUCCCCAACCACCGGAACAGCCACCAUCGUCACAAGCUGGUGUUCAACCGCCAACAAGUCAAGCACAUCCGCCACCACCAAAUCAGCAACCGGUGGGCGGUUAUCGUGGAGGGCCACAAAUUCCUCCACCAACAUCGACUGCAGCCCAGACCGCUCCAAACCAGGGUCCACCUGUUCCUGGUCAACCGGGCAGACCUGGUGUUCCACCUCAACAAGCUCCAAUGCCACAACAAGCACAGGGUUAUCCUCCACAACGGGGACCUUACCAGCAGCAUGGACAUUAUCCUGGUUAUCCUCCUCCGAAUCAACCAUACCAAGCUCAACCAGGAUAUCCACCGUACGGACCACCAAAUCCUGCACAAGGCUAUCCGCCUAACGCACCGCAAAGUUAUCAUCACGGUGGAAUGCCUCCGACUACUUCAAAUUCUGGACCACCACAAGGAUCACCGUACCCGAGCGCAGGUCCCCCACAGGGACCUCAGGGAGGCCCACAGCAAGGUAGCUACCAACAAGGGCCUCCAAACGCACCGGCAUCCCAACCGCAGAUGUACGGUCCACCUGUCGGUGGUCAAUAUCCUCCGCAAUCAGCGGGUGGUCCUCCGAUGCCUCAUGGCUAUCCAGGUUACGGCAGUCCAAAUCCGCCGAAUGCCUAUGGACAACCACCUUCCGGAUACCCUCCAGCCAGUGGUCAACCGAGUUAUCCACCACCGCAACAACAGUAUCCUUCAAGUUACCCCUCAAGCCAACCAGUUCCGCAUGGUCCACCGACAACUUCCGCUCCAAGUCAACCAGCUGCUCCAACCAGUGCUCCUUCCACUCAAUCAAGUGGUGCUCCCACUUACGCCAAUCAACCAAGCCCAGCUUCAGGGCAAUCAUCCAGUCCCAACACAAAUGCUCCUCCUUCCAGUGGUCCCCACUCAGUCAUUCCACCAACCACUUCCACUGGUUACGCUGCUGCUGGUCCUGGCGCUGUUCCACCGCAAGCCUAUACAUCACCACCAGCUACUGCUGGCCAGCAUCCUCCGCAAGGUAGCUACGCACAGCCACAAGGCCCCGGACCACAACCACCCGGUCCGCCGCAAUCUUACGCAACUUCUCCACCAUCUACUCAACAUCAACAACCACCAGGCAGCUAUCCACAAUCCGCUCCCGGAGGUCCUCAGGGACAGGGACCACCUCCGACUCCUGGCUAUCCUCCGCAUGCUUAUCAUCAACAGGGCUAUUCACCGAUACCACCCCCGCAGGGUCAGUACCAACAGGCAGCUCAGGGUUACCAGUAUCAGCGUCCUCCAAACAGCCAGAUGCCACCACCCGGACCACAAGGCCCGCCACCGCAGGGUGCAUAUGGGUACGGGUACGGACAACCCCCCCAGUAGGGUUGAGAUAAAUGAUGAAAGCUCGCUGAGAAUCUCAGCUGCGACCAACCGCGUUCACAACCAAGUAAAGCGACCACCGCCGCGCGGUAGAUUUGUUUUAUCCAGUAAAUACUUUCACCUUGACGAUGUGUUUUACAGUGCUUUCCAAUCGAUCGCAGAUUGGAUUUCUUUUACUAUAUAACGAUGGAUGCUCCGGAAGUUGGCGGUUUUAUCAUUCUGCUUCCUUGCGUUUACUUUUUAUUGGAAACGAAUGAGGUACGCAAAAAUGUCUGAUGAUACUCCAGUUUGGUAAUGCUUACAACUUCCCAUUCAAGUGCAUGUUAGCAUAAAUGGUUAAACUUUGUGUAAGAUGUGUAUUUUGAGAAUGUAAGAAAUAAAGUCAGCUAGCAACUGAUACAAA